AGCUGCCUGUCACUGAAAAAAAUUUCCGAGCAAAAUGAGUAAAGAAAGAGUUGUAGUAUUCCGUAGUUGAAAUUGAUUGUCCAAAUCCAAACCGGCCCAUUUCAACAUUUUGCCGUACCUUACGAUGGCCCAGAGUCGUCACACAAAAUCUACCAACCGAUUGCGGCUUCACUGAGGGCUCUGCAAACAAGAGAGAGAGAGAGAGAAGAUGGCCGCCACAUCAAUGGAUUGCUCUAUCGGAAGCCAACUAUUCACAACUCGUUUCGGUUCAAAAUCCUCCAAAGUUAGGGCCUUUUCCGUCAGAUGCUCUUCUGUUCCUUUUUCCGCCGACGGUGCUGCCGCCGUUGGUUUGGUGGAAAGACCUUGGAAGGUGGCGGAUGCGAGACUUGUGCUUGAAGAUGGUUCUAUUUGGCGGGCCAAAUCAUUUGGUGCUUCGGGAACUCAAGUUGGUGAAGUGGUCUUCAACACAUCUUUGACGGGGUAUCAGGAAAUUCUUACUGACCCUAGUUAUGCUGGCCAGUUUGUCCUGAUGACUAACCCACAUAUUGGCAAUACUGGUGUUAAUUUUGACGAUGAAGAGUCGAGACAAUGUUUCCUAGCAGGUUUAGUUAUUAGAAGCUUAAGUAUCAGCACUUCAAAUUGGAGAUGCACAGAAACACUAGGAGAUUAUUUGGCAGAAAGGAAUAUAAUGGGAAUAUAUGAUGUUGACACACGUGCAAUCACCAGAAGAUUAAGACAAGAUGGUAGCCUUAUAGGCGUAUUGAGCACCGAAGAAACCAAAACGGAUAAGGAGCUCUUGGAAAUGUCUCGUACAUGGGACAUAGUUGGUGUGGACUUGAUAAGUGGAGUGUCCUGUAAGGUCCCCUAUGUAUGGGUUGACAAGACGGAGUCAGAGUGGGAGUUUAACGCCAAAGGGAGAGGAGAAGCUUUUCAUGUCAUUGCAUAUGAUUUUGGUAUCAAGCACAAUAUACUCAGGCGUUUGGCAUCUUAUGGCUGUAAAAUCACCGUUGUUCCUUCCACAUGGCCAGCAUCAGAGAUUUUAAAGAUGAAACCAGAUGGAGUGAUCUUCAGCAAUGGCCCAGGAGAUCCAUCUGCAGUUCCUUAUGCUGUAGAAACAGUCGAGGAAAUAAUUGGAAAGGUUCCAGUUUUCGGAAUUUGCAUGGGCCAUCAGUUGCUUGGUCAAGCUUUGGGUGGUACAACUUUUAAGAUGAAGUUUGGUCACCAUGGAGGAAAUCAUCCAGUUCGUAACCUCCGGAGUGGUCGUGUUGAGAUCAGUGCUCAGAAUCACAACUAUGCUGUUGAUCCUGCAUCCCUUCCCAAGGGUGUGCAAGUGACUCAUGUUAAUCUGAAUGAUGGAAGCUGUGCUGGUCUUGCCUUCCCUGAACGAAAACUCAUGUCUCUUCAAUACCAUCCCGAAGCAUCCCCGGGACCUCAUGAUUCGGAUAUUGCUUUUGCGGAAUUCGUACAGUUGAUGAUACAAGAAAAAGAAAAGGCAUGAGCAAGACAUGCUCUGGGUUCUUGCUAUGGUUGACAUAUCACAUAAAUAGGUGGAAACUUCAAUGUUCAUAGUUUGGAAGCAAUGAUAAGGAAGAUGAUGAUAAAGACGAAUCACUUCCCUGCCUGGACAUUAUCGAAAAGGAGAACUCUGCAUCUGUUCCUCUCGAGUUCUUGAGGACUCUAUUUAAGUAGUUAUCAGAAGCAGAAUCCUCGUACAAAUGUUUCAUUCAAGACUUCUUUGGCGGGGUUUUGAUCAAAUGUUUCAUUCAAGUCUUGGGAGGUGCAAAUGCAAUGAUUGUUACAUCUUCAAAAAUUGGAUGUUAGGGUCUCAUGAUCUGUUGUAUUUUGUUUUUGUCUUGCUUGCUUCUAUUAAGUUUCAUCAGGUAUCUUGUAGCAGAAUGAUGCUGAUUUGGUUCCUUCCCAUUUGAAUAAAAAAAAUUGUGAAUCUUCACUUCGUAAGGUGGUAUUUGCCCCAACCUCUUCAUGUAGAGAGGUAGGAUGGAGGCCCACCAUAUGGGGCGGUUUGAGGUGAUUCUUGUUUCUUUAUGGAGUAAGUUUUUUCAAUGUUAGGAGAAAAUUGUGAACCUUAUGGAGUAACAAAAUUAUUCACUUCAAGUUGUAUACGACAUUUUGGGACGGGAGGAGUAGAAAACAACUUCAAUUAAUCAA